GAAUUCCAACUCAUGGUCUUCUCCAAGAAUCCAGAUCUGCAUCCUGUGCUGCUGGGACUGUUCCUUUCCAUGUACCUGCUCUCAGUGCUCGGGAACCUGCUCAUCAUCCUGGCUGUCACCUCAGACUGCCACCUGCACACACCCAUGUACUUCUUCCUCUGCAGCCUGUCCUUUGCUGACGUGGGUCUCACCUCCACCACGGUUCCCAGGUUGAUUGUUGCCAUCCUCACCCACAGGACAGACAUCUCCUAUGCUGGUUGCCUAACUCAGAUGUCUUUCUCCAUCAUCUUUGGGUGCAUGGAUGAUUUGCUGCUUACAGUGAUGGCCUAUGAUCGAUUUGUUGCCAUCUGUCACUCCCUACAUUACCAAGUCAUCAUGAACCCUCACUGCUGUGGCUUCCUAGUUGCAAUGACAUUUGUGGCCAGCCUGCUGGAUACCCUACUGCACAAUGUGAUGGUUUUAGAAGUUACCUGCUUCAAAACAUUGGAAAUUUCUAGCUUCUUCUGUGACCCUUCUCAGCUUCUCAACCUCACCUGCACAAACACCUUGACCCAUGACAUAUUUAUAUAUUUUGUUGGGCUUCUAUUUGUCUUUUUCCCUAUCUCAGGGAUCUUUUACUCUUACUAUAAAAUCAUUUCCUGCAUUCUGAGGGUCCCAUCUCCAGAGGGGAGGCAUAAAACCUUCUCCACCUGUGGUUCUCACCUCACAGUUGUUGGCUUAUUUUAUGGAACAGCCUUUGGGGUGUAUUUGACCUCAGCUUUCUCAAUAUCUACUAGGAAGAGUGCAGUGGCCUCAGUGACAUAUGCAGUGGUCACCCCCAUGCUCAACCCAUUCAUCUACAGCCUGAGGAAUGGGGACAUCAAGAGGGCCAUGUGCAGGGUCUUCAAAAAACAGUCUCAUCUAGUUUCUGUGUCCUCCAUCUGA